CGCACAAGAAUUCUUUUCCGCUAUGGCCGACGACUACGACGACGCAAACAUCUACGACGAGGUCGAGAUCGAGGACUGCUUCUUCGACGAGAUCCUCCAGAUCUACCACCACCCGUGCCCGUGUGGCGACCGCUUCGAAAUCUCCAUCGCAGACAUGCGCGACGGCGCUGACAUUGCCCGCUGCCCCAGUUGCAGCCUCAUGAUCAAGAUCGUCUUCGACGUGUCCGACCUCCCCGUCGAGCAGGCCGACUCGGUCCAGUCCGUUGCCAUCUCCGCAUAG